AAUAAAUAUACAACUCAAGUUACUUCCAUAAAGUCAAUGUUAUAUGGUCCUUCUCUUCUUUCUGUACCAAUGAAGACGCAGCCGGAAAUCCUUUUUCUCACACUUUUGUUCUUGGGAUUGGCCUCCGCAGAUCUUCUUCAGAAUCCAGAUUUUGAAUCUCCGCCGGCAAACUUGCCUGAAAAGUUCACCUCCCCAUUUGUCCUGUCGAGCCAAAAUAACACUAUUCCAGGUUGGACAUUUGAAGGCACUGUUCUGUAUGUAAAAGCUAGCCAAAACGUAUCAUUGCCAGGGAGUGGACAUGCCAUACAGUUGGGUCAAGAUGGCAAAAUCAACCAGACAUUCAUUGCUAAUGGUGAUAUCAUGGAUUACGUGCUUACCUUCACCCUCGCCUCCGUUGGUCAGAAUUGUUCAGCCAAUACCGAUAUAGCAUUAGCAGUAUCGGCGCCAGACAGUAGCAGGGUGUUUUCUUUGAAGCAACUUCACGGGAAGGAAACAUGGGAGAGCUAUGGCCACUACUUGGGCAGUUGGGGCGACGGAGAGAAUGUAAAUCUUGUGUUUCAAAGCCAGACAUCAGAAUCGUAUCCCAACUCCACAUGUUGGCCUGUGAUCGACACGAUUCUUCUUAAGAGCGUGGGAACACUUCCCGAAUCCAAAGACAACCAAUUGCCGAAUGGAGGAUUCGAAACUGGCCCUGAUUUCCUGAGUAACUCUUCCGAGGGAGUUCUGCUUGAUGAAAAUCCUAGUCUGGUUCACUCCCCAUUACGAGGAUGGUCUGUGCUAGGAACUGUCAAAUACAUAGACUCCAAACACUUCUUUGUCCCACAAGGCAAUGCUGCAGUGGAAAUUGUCUCAGGAGUUUCAGCUGGCAUAAAAACAGCAGCAACACUAAAAGAAGGUUCUACCUAUAACUUGGAGUUCACAUUGGGAGAUGCCAAUGACACUUGCGUGGGAGAUUUCAUAGUAGAGGCUCAAACAGGAUCAACUGCCCAAAAUUUCUCGUUGGCGAGCAGCGGGAUCGGCUCAGCCAAGAAUAUCUCCGUGACGUUCAAGGCAGGUCCAAGUCCAACUGUAAUCGGAUUUCUCAGCUAUACAACAACCCAGACAAAAGAUGGUGAAUUCUGUGGCCCCGUGGUUGAUCAUGUGGUUUUAGGUGCUUCUUAUGGGCAGAAACUAGAGAUGCAGUUGAAGGUUCUGAUUUCAUUAUAUAUACUCGUAGCCAUUUUACAAAUCCCCUAGAGAUGGUAUCAAGCACUUGUUUCAUGACCGUUGGGUUGCUAGUCAUUAUUUGGAAAAUUGACUGAUGAAAUAAUUAAGCACCAUUUUGUCUUCCA